CCCAGAUUUCUACAGAGCUCUGCAAACUUUUGUUGUAGAGAAACUUACCCAAACCCUAACGUCCUCGAAAUCAGGCCCUGUAAUUUCGAAGACAGAAACCCUAAUCUCUUCAACUAAAUAACAACAUUGAUUCUCCUCUGAGGAAGAGUUUUGUUUUAGGACAUGACAAAUAGUUCAUCAUCGAAAAAGCACGGUCCAGAUCAGCCUGAAAUAAGUGGCCCCACUCUCAAAUCACAACGCACCAAAAUGAGCAAACCUGAAGACUCUGAAAAGAAGAAUUUGAAUAAGAAACUUAAAGAUGUUGAAAUUAGUGUUCCCAUAGUGUACGGUAACGUUGCAUUUUGGCUGGGCAAAAAAGCAAGCGAGUAUCAAUCUCACAAGUGGACUGUAUAUGUUCGCGGAGCCACGAAUGAAGAUCUAGGUGUGAUAAUAAAGCGUGCUGUUUUUCAGUUGCAUUCCAGUUUCAAUAAUCCCACAAGGGUUGUAGAGUCAGCACCAUUUGAGUUAUCAGAGUCAGGAUGGGGAGAAUUUGAAAUUGCAAUCACGCUAUUUUUCCACAAUGAUGUUUGUGAUAAACCAUUGAACUUGUUUCAUCACCUAAAGCUGUACCCAGAGGAAGAAUCUGGUCCCAUGUCUACAAAGAAACCUGUGGUUGUUGAAUCCUAUGAUGAAAUUGUGUUCACUGAGCCUUCAGAGAGCUUUUUAGCUCGUGUGCAAAAUCAUCCAGCUAUAACGUUGCCCAGAUUACCUGCUGGUUUUACUUUACCUCCUGCACCAACUGAGGAUACAAGUAAAAAAAAGAGAGGAGACACUAAAGAUCAUCCCUUGGGCCAGUGGUUCAUGAAUUUUUCUGAAGCAGAUGAGCUAUUACAACUUGCAGCAGCUCGUCAGCAGGUACAAGCUCAUAUUGCAAAACUGAAACGACAGAUAAGUUUGAUUGAUGGGCAGCAGCAGCAGUUCAGAUCUUCCUCAGACCAGUAACUUUAUAUUACUUCUGCAAUUUUGGGAGAUUUCUAUUUCGAAUUGAUUUUGCGGCAAAGCCACGUGAUAGCAUAGGAAUGUACCUUUGAUAUUUGCUCUCUUGGGUAUUAAGAGUUUUGUUCCUUUUGCUUCUUAAUUUCUUUUCCUCCUAUGAUUGCCUUUAUUUGACAAUUUUGCUCUGUAUGAUUAAGAAAAGAUAUCAGCAUUAUUUGGUUUAUAUAAAGGUUAAAUAUUUUUUUU